ACCGCGAGGACGAAGAAGACAGAGAGACCGACACAGCGAGCGGCGGACAAGAAACGGAGAGGUCGCCCGCGAGGCCGUAGGUGAGAGAGGGAGUGAGCGCGAAAGACAUGCUGAUCCGAGGCAACGCGAGCCGUGGAUAAAUCCAUCUUAAUGGUUCCCAUCCCCAACAAUUCGGAUUCUUUUCUUGGCACUGAAUAAAAUGAGAAUGCCGUGAAGAAGAAACGAGAGAAUCCUUCUAAUACCUCGAUUCGAUUUUUCUCCGUCCCCUUUGAUAUUAUUAUCACCUUUUAUUUCCUACUGCCAAGAAAGUGAGCAGCAGCAGAAUCGAGCAGCUGCAUCGCAGGCAUGCUUGUGCGUGUUUUGGGAUAAUGAGUUGCCCGAGUUGACUACAAAAGCGAAAUACCUGCGGAUGCCUUGGAGAAUCGAGUAGCUCCCAAUUGUUGAAUCGAAAGAUUGGGAGCAUUGCCGGGGGUUAUUCGCAUUUCAGUUCGAAAAGAGGAAGUUGGGAACAUGCCUCGGAAGGGAUUUUCUGGAUUGGACUAUGAUGAUGAAUAUGAUGAUUAUGACUAUGAUUAUGCUGAUGAUUUUGAUGGUGAUUAUGAAGUGGAAGUGAAUGGAGCAGUGCCUCAGCCAACAACCAGGCAAGAACUUAAAAGAACAGGGAUCUGGCGCUGCCCAAUUUGUACCUAUGAUAAUGAAGAUAGCAUGUCUGCAUGUGACAUAUGUGGAGUUUUGCGGAAUCCUUUGAUCAAGGUUAACAGUCAAAGCAGUUCAGCCGCAGUGGGCGGCACAUGCAAAAAUUCUGGAGUAUCUGUGAUGGCCAAGUCUCUUUUUGCAUCGUUGCCGCAACAUAUGGCCAAAAAAUGUGUACUCUUUGAAGCCCAGAAUGAUAAAUCUUCCAAAGAUGAACUUAACUUCCCCAAACAUGGAAACUUCCAUGGCACUUUUCAAGAAUUCAAUAGUGCUUUUAGCUCUCAAAGUAAUCAUAAGGGUACCAUAGUCCCUUUCAAGUUCGAUGACCCCUCUCCAGAUGAUUUGGUAUCAAGUGGAUUGCAAUCCGGGAAGUUGAAAUCCAAAGGUAAUAUUACAAGUGGAAGAGAGUCAAUUAUUCACAUUCAAUCAGAGCCAGCAGGUAAAGGGCCAGGGUCCUCUUUGCCAUCAGCACCACAUGAAAGAUAUAAUGGAGCAGAUGCAAAUAGUUCCGCUUCAGGCAGUGGGAGCAAAUCUCAAAAUUCUUACGGAAACGUAAAAACUGACUCUAUAGGAUCCAAACCAAGAAAAUCAGAAAAUUUCAGCAAGGAAAAAACAGCUUCAAUAUCUGAUUAUAUUCCUGAGAAUUGGAUGAUUCCUAGUGAAACAGAGGGUAGUUUGAGUCAACUUAAUCUGGCAAUUGUUGGCCAUGUUGAUUCUGGGAAAUCAACACUUUCUGGAAGGCUGCUGCAUCUUUUGGGACAAAUUUCUCAGAAAGAGAUGCACAAAUACGAAAAAGAAGCCAAGCAGAAGGGAAAAGGAUCUUUUGCUUAUGCAUGGGCUUUGGAUGAAAGUGUCGAAGAAAGGGAAAGGGGUAUAACGAUGACAGUGGGUGUUGCCUUUUUCACCUCUAGAAGAUAUCAUGUCGUGCUGCUUGACUCCCCCGGACAUAGGGAUUUUGUUCCAAACAUGAUUUCUGGAGCAACCCAAGCAGAUGCUGCAAUUUUGGUGGUUGAUGCUUCCAUUGGUUCAUUUGAAGCAGGCAUAGAUGCUUCUGGAGGGCAAACAAGGGAGCAUGCUCAAUUGAUCCGAAGCUUUGGAGUUGAUCAGAUUAUUGUUGUUGUCAAUAAAAUGGAUAUGGUGGAAUACGCCAAGGAAAGGUUUGAUUUAGUCAAACAAAAGCUCGGAACAUUUCUUCGCUCUUGUGGCUUUAAAGAUUCUUCCAUUUCAUGGAUUCCAGCUAGUGCAAUGGAAAACCAAAACUUAACAUCAAAUGCUAAUGAUGCACGGUUGUCCUGGUUUAAAGGACCUAAUUUGCUGGAUGCAAUAGAUUCUCUACAGCUUCCAUCAAGGGAUUACACUAGGCCGUUGCUAUUGCCUAUAUGUGAUGUUGUCAAGUCACAAGCACAGGGUCAAGUGUCCAUGUGUGGGAAAUUGGAAAGUGGAGCUAUCCGGACAGGAUCUAAGGUAUUAGUUAUGCCCUCAAGAGUAGCAUCAACAGUCCGUACAUUGGAACGAGACUCUAAGCAGUGUAACGUUGCACGAGCUGGAGACAAUGUCACAGUGACUUUGCAAGGGAUCGAGGGCAAUCAAGUGUCAGCUGGGGGCGUGAUUUGCCACCCUGAUUAUCCAGUUAAAGUUGCUGACCGGUUGGAACUGAAGAUCCUUGUCCUGGAUACUCCAACCCCAAUUGUGAUCGGUUCUCAGUUAGAAUUUCACCUGCACCAUGUGAAAGAGGCUGUGAAAGUCACAAAGAUACUGUCUUUGCUCGAUCCAAAGACUGGGAAGACAACAAAGAAGUCCCCAAGAGUUUUAUUGGCCAAGCAGAACGCGGAAGUUGAGGUGGUUUUGCAAGGCGGGUGUGUGUGCGUGGAAGAGUACAGCAACUGUCGAGCCCUGGGACGUGUGUUUCUGAGAUCAUUGGGUAGGACUAUUGCUCUCGGCGUCGUUACUCGAAUCAUUAAGACCCAAGAUGAGUAGGUAACUCAGUAGAGAUCCAUACAAGUAAGUUCCAUCGAUCAUCUUUAUUCGCUAGCUAAGAUUUUUCUCAACUCCUUUUGUGAAAUAUUUUCUUGGGAGUGAAUGAAGGAUGUUUCUUGUUUCGUUUUCGCUUUGGAUUUGAGGAUAAAGAUCUUCGAAUGAAUGUUGAAAUGUAAAUUAGUUGUGUUUUGAAUCA